UACUUUUUAAUUCCUCCUAGGUUUAUUGUCCCCAUUUCAUGUGUGAUCUGUAAUGACAUCAUGGCCUAUAUGUUUGGCUUUUUCUUUGGUCGGACCCCACUUAUCAAGCUUUCUCCAAAGAAGACAUGGGAAGGCUUCAUUGGAGGAUUCUUUGCCACUGUGGUGUUUGGGCUUCUGCUCUCCUAUUUAAUGUCUGGAUACAGAUGCUUCAUCUGCCCAGUGGAGUUCAACAAUGACACCAACAGCUUCACUGUAGACUGUGAGCCCUCAGAUCUCUUCAGACUUCAGGAAUACAACAUCCCUUUGGUGAUUCAGUCCAUUGUUGGCUGGAAAACAGUCCGGAUGUAUCCCUUCCAGAUCCACAGCAUUGCUCUCUCCACCUUUGCCUCCCUCAUUGGCCCCUUUGGAGGUUUUUUUGCCAGUGGAUUCAAACGGGCCUUUAAAAUCAAGGACUUUGCUAACACCAUCCCUGGCCAUGGAGGUAUUAUGGACCGCUUUGACUGCCAGUACCUGAUGGCUACUUUUGUUAAUGUCUACAUUGCCAGUUUUAUCAGGGGACCUAACCCAAGCAAGCUGAUUCAGCAGUUUUUGACUUUGCGUCCAGAUCAGCAGCUUCACAUUUUCAACACGUUAAAGGCUCACCUUAUUGAUAAAGGGAUGUUGACUGCCAGCACUGAAGACCAAGGGGCAUCCUAGAAAGAGGACAGUAGGAUCAGAACUGAGCUCUAGGGCAAGUCUUCAAGUCAAUCCCAGCUUGUGUGACUUUUAAGACCAUUACAAGACCUCAUUUCACUGUUUUCCUUUUCUGUAGAAUUUUUUUUUGUGCUGUGGGUUUUCAAGAACAAUUAUCUAUCUAUAUAUACACAUAUACUUCGUAUGUGUAUUUAUAUGAUGUGACUAAGUGCGUAAAUCAGAGUUUUGAGUUGGAAAGCAAUCACAGGAGUUAAACCUCUGUGGGUUUAAACAAAAUAAAACAUAAAACCCAUAACACUGAGGGCAUCUGUUCCAAGGGUUGUUCUGGUGGAUCCAGGCCCUUUAAAUUUAACAUUCCUUCUGUCCUAUCUGUUUGGAGAGCAGACCUGCCAACUAUGGGCUGAUGGCCAGACCAGAGAGUAAACUUAACACACUGCCUGUAACAGCCUUUCGAGCAAGCCUAAAACUCAUAUACAGCCCAAAUUACAUUGUAGUCACAGAAACUUUUCACCACAAACCCUUUUCGAGUUCCAACGUCAGUUCUGGAAUGAAAGUUGUCUUUUACUGUGGAAGGAAAACAUGGUGUCUGACAAAUGCUUACUUAUUGAAAAAGCAUCUUAAUGAGAUGACAUUUCACUUAAGAAAUACCAUUUUGAGAGAACAUUAUCAUAAUUUCAUUUUCACCUUUGCUUCAGUGCACCUCAGGAGAUGUCUUUGUUUUAAUUAAAAGCAAACAAGAAACCAUGGAACAUGAAAAGUAAUUUAAAAAUAAAGUCGGAUGGGGGGAAGAUGCCCACACAGUAGUAUUUCACCUGUCUACAGGAGAGCAUAUCUAACUUAGUAUACAGAGUUCUCACAUUAUUAGUCACGAGCCCUAGCUGGAAUAGCAUAGCUGGUUCUGUCACUCUUCAGGGAUCAUGUCACUCAUGUCUGUCUGCUGUAUUUAAACUGGGGACUUGAUGCUGCUGAAUUAUUUCUGUUGGUUUUGUGUUUUUCUUUGAGCAAAGAGUAGGGAGGGAUUGGCUUCUAGCCUAUGGGCUCUUUGCUUUAUCUUUUAUUUAGUUGACUUAAAUUGUACUUGUUGCACUGGUGGUGUCUGUGUAAAUAUUCACCUAUUUGUUAACUACUAUGUUUCUCAUCUAAAUGGAAUCGUGCUGCAAACCCAGUCUGAGUCCUUGAGAACCUUUGUAAAGUUCGAAAUACCUUGAUGGUUAAAUGCAUAAUCGAGUCUCUGACAUUGCUAAUGUCUCUGUACUUUGGCUUUUCCCAGAGGUCUUAAAAAAAAAAAAAAGAAAAAAAUUGUGACCUUUUUUUCUCCCUGAGUAUA